CCGCGCCCCGCAGAGCGCUGCUCCAGAGGCUGCAGCCCGGCUGGAGGUCGGUCGGUCGGGCGCGAUGUACCUCCGCAGGGCGGUCUGCAAGACGCUGGCGCUGCCGCUGCGGGCGCCCCCCGGCCCCGCGCCGCUCCGCAAGGACGCAUCUGUUCGCUGGAUGUCAUCUAACAAGUUCCCUGGAUCAUCUGGGUCCAAUAUGAUCUACUAUCUGGUUGUAGGUGUCACGGUCAGUGCUGGUGGAUACUAUACUUACAGGUCAGUAACAUCAAAGCAAGUCAAGCACACUGGACAUAUAAAAGAUUUGAAAGAAGAAAGUAAAGCAGAGUUACAGCCACUUCAAGGUGAGAAAGAGAACCUGGAGGGAGUGGAGGAAGCAAGUUCAGCAGCCCCUGAAGUAUCUUCGGAGGAAGCAAGUUCAGCAGCCCCUGAAGUAUCUUCGGAGGAAGCAAGUUCAGCAGCCCCUGAAGUAUCUUCGGAGGAAGCAAGUUCAGCAGCCCCUGAAGUAUCUUCGGAGGAAGCAAGUUCAGCAGCCCCUGAAGUAUCUUCGGAGGAAGCAAGUUCAGCAGCCCCUGAAGUAUCUUCGGAGGAAGCAAGUUCAGCAGCUCCUGAAGUAUCUUCGGAGGAAGCUCAGGUGGUAAAUGCUGAAGAAAGCUCGGAUGCUGAAGAAAGCUCGGGUGCUGCAGCUGCAGGCAGAGCAGAGGAUGCUUCAGCCUGCCCUGGCGCUGCGGAGGCUGCUCAGGUGGAGAUCACCGUGGUUGGUGCUGAAGCGGAGCCAGAGGUUCCAAAUGCCACUGUCCGCGAAAGCACCCAAGUCAGCACCUCGGAGGUCCCCGGUGCAGCUCCUGAUGAAGCCGCUGCCAUCAGUAGUGAUAAAGGUACAGCGGAGAACGAAAGCUCUGAUGAAUAUGCUGAGCUGGAAGAAGAAAAUUCUCCAGUUGAGUCAGAACCCUUUGCCGAGGGUGUUUUACAGGAAGAAGCCAGUGUUGGUGCUGAGGCCACGACUCAAGGCUAAUCUUGCAGAUUCACACUCAGCAUACACGCCACAGCAAGUCUGAUAGGUGCUUUUGUAGUUUUAGUGUUUUUUUUGUUUGUUUUGUUUUUUAAAGGCUCCUUUUCUAAAAAACUCUAAUGUGCCUUGAAGGUGUUUGGUAUCUGCUGAUAGGUUUCAGGGUUGAGAUAUUUGAGAUUACAUGUGUCUGAAGUUUCCUAGUCUCUGAGGUCAGAAUAUAACACUGCAGUAAACAGCUUCAGGAGUUUCAUCCUUGGGUUUAAGUUUUAUAUCAUAGGAAUCGAGCUAUCUAUCACACAUAAUACACAACCUGCAUCCACGUUAACUUUGCUGUGCCCUUACCUUACUGUAAUGGAUAUAAAUGUAGAUUCUCAGGUUUUGAUUUGAACUCAUUUAAAUAAAAUUUAAAAAUAUUUA